AUGACAUCAGAACUCGUGCCUUACAAACGUCCCGGCUAUGGUGACGAAGGAAGAAUAGGUUCCAAAGACCGCCGAACCAAAGUAUUAACAAACAUGUUCGAAAUCGAAACAAAGAAUAUGACGUUUCGCCAGUAUGUAAUAGAGUUUAAACGUGAUACCUCUCGUAAGGGUCCAACGGAGUUUACUGGUGACUCUGCCGGACGAAGACGUACUCGAAGGCAUGUCUUUGCCACCUUUCAUAAACUAAACAAAGAGGAAUACUUCAAAGGUGUGGGCGUAGCAUAUGACGGAGGCUCCAACCUUUUUACAUCCGGUAAACUUACCCUCAGUAGCAACAAUCAAAUAAACCAACUUGUCGAGGUUGAAAACGACUGCGAGUAUUACGUAGAAAUCAGGGAAAACCCUAGCAAGCCAACAAUUUCAAUGGACGAUCUAAAGGAUGUCUUGACUGGAGAGAAUUUCGAGUGGGAUUUCUUCGACAAUCUGAUGUUGAACGCUUUAAAUGCGUUCAUACAAUACAAUCCUGCCCUUAAAUUUGUUCAAUAUGGUGAUUCUUUCUUCCUGCCUGAAACAAAAAGACCGCUCGGAGACGGCGCAGAAUUAUUACAAGGAUAUUUCCUUAGUGUUCGUCCAGGAGAAGGAGACGGAAGAGGAAAAUUAGGAAAAGUAUUUCUGAACGUGAAUGUGACUUAUACCGUCACUUUCGAGUCGAACGAUUUAUGCACCUUGAUUUGCAAGUAUCUUAACACGCAGACUUUACCAGACUUGUUCAGACCCGAGAUAAUGUCACUUUUAAAUAAGGCUUUCCGACACAUCCGAGUUAGACCACUGCAUCGCCCAGAAUCCGGGGCCGUUCAUACUAUCAAAAGGUUCCAUGAUUUACCUGCGGAUAAAACCAUGUUUCCGAAUAAAGAAAUUGGGAGAGAAGAGAGCGUUAAGGAAUUUUUCGCUCGUAAAUACAACAAGAAGAUUCGCACACCAUUUGUCGUAGAGGAUACGAAGGGUAGCAAAUAUCCUAUUGAAUGCCUCGGUGUUAUUGAGGGACAACACUAUAAAGGCCGACCAUUAAGCAGUAAACAACGUGGAGAAAUGAUCAAGAUUACUGCUAAACAUCCUACGGAAAACAAGCAGCUUAUACUAAACGGUGUCCAUGACGUGUUGGCAUUUAGUAAAGACGAAAUACUCCGAAAAGCCGGGAUCAGACUCAAUACGCGAAUGGUUAAUGUACCCGGUCGCUUCAUAAACACACCAGAAGUUUCGUACUCUGAUUCAUCUAAGCAGGGCGCACAAAUUAUACCAAAAGAUUGGGACGCAGCUUGGAAUCUCCGUGACGUGAAGUACUUUAAAUCUGGCGAAUCUUUAAAAAGUUGGAUUGCUAUUUCGUUGACACAAGCGGUUGGUCCAGAGGUCAUCAACAAGUUUAUGAAGAGUCUAGCCCGACAAGCCACAAUUCAAGGCAUGAACGUUAAUGGCGAUUCUAUGCCACCCAAGUACAUUCGGUCGAGAGUAUUCGAACAAGCUCGCAACGAGAUCAUCAGAACAGUAGAGGAGGCCAAGAGGGCAGCAAGUAAUCGACGAUUGGAUCUACAGUUGGUCGUUUUCUUCAUCGAUGGUGAUAAACAUCCCAUGAAUACAAAACAAUACAACCUUGUUAAAGAAGUCAUGGAUACCCAUGUUGGUAUUUUGUCUCAAUGUAUACAGUCCCAUCAUGUUGCAGCCUGCAAACCACAAUACCUCGCGAAUGUUACCGCAAAACUUAAUUUGAAACUAAACGGAACCAAUUCCACCGUCCGUCUUCCACGAAUCGAUAAACAACGAAUCAUGAUCAUGGGCGCUGACGUCACUCAUCCUCCACCAGAAACAACCGAUUUUCCUUCGAUCGCGGCCGUAGUUGCAUCCAUGGAUCAAUAUGCUGCCCGAUAUGCCGAGAGACAUAUACCGCAGUUUAAAGAAGCAAAGGUUAACAGCAAAAAAACAGGUCGAGGAAAAGAAGAAAUCGACGACAUGGAGGAAUUGACGUACCAGCUCUUGUGUGAAUUCGUGCGAAUAAACAAAAAGGAGCCCGAGAGCAUCAUCAUGUACAGAGACGGCAUUAGCGAAAGCCAGUUCAAACCUCUGGCAUUGGAUAAGGAACUUCCUAGUAUCAGAAGAGCUUGUACCAGACUGAAAGCCAACUACAAACCAAAAAUCUCGUAUAUUGUUGUCUGCAAGAGACACCACAAUCGAUUCUAUCCUAUGGACAGACAAGAUGCCGACAAAAAAGGAAACGUGAAGCCCGGUCUGGUUGUCGAGCGAGUUAUUACGCAUCCCUAUCUUUUUAAUUUCUAUCUCACUUCUCACUCUAGUCUUCAAGGGACGUCGCGUCCAAGUCUAUAUCACGUUUUGCACGAUGAGAAUAAGUUUGAAGUAGAUGAACUUCAGGACUUUACGAACAAAUUGUGUUAUAACUUUCAACGGGCGACCAGAGCAGUUUCUAUUCCUGCACCGACUUAUUAUGCACAUUGUGCAGCGAAAAGGGCACGAUCACAUUUUUAUAACGGCCAGUUGGGCAUGACCAAGAUUGAGCUUGCGAAAAACUAUCCCAUGUAUUACGUGUAA